AUGGACAACGCUUCGAAGAACAAGAACGCCGCCAACAAGCUACGCCUGGAGUAUCCGCAUAUCUUCUUCACCAACUGCGCCGCCCACUGCCUAGAUCUCAUGUUGCACGACAUCGGCAAAAUCCCUGCUAUAAAGCACGUCCUUGCGCUGGUGCACAGCGUAGUGAUGAUGAUCAAAGGCUCCGCUUCAGCCGUCGUGUUGUUCCGUGAGCUUUUUACCAAGCUCUCGUUGGUGCGGCUGGGUGCAACGAGAUUCGGCACCCAGGUCAUCAUGCUCGGCAGGUUCCUGGAGGUGAAGCGCGCGUUAAGAGUGAUAGUAAUCAGCGACCGAGGGGAGGGCAGGCUGGGCUCUCACAAUGCCCGUUGGGCAGCAACGACCUUGGUGGAGGCGGGGCGCAUGAUGGAUGCGGAAUGGUGGUUCCCGUUUGGUAGGGAUGUGCAGGCGCCCCAAGGCUUGGCUGUGACGUCACUCUCACAGCCAGUCACCUCCUCCGAGGUGGAGCGCUAUUGGUCGGCGCUGGCACGUGUGCAGAGUCGGGACCGGAACUGCCUCACGGCGCAGAAGAUGACUGACGUCACCUUCGUCGCCUUCACCCGGCGGGCCUGUGAUGCCUAUGAUCGAAAGGCAGCGCUGAGCUCCAAGCUCUAUUCGGACCUGGGCAACGGCACCCUCAGAGAGGCUGCCAUCAACCCGGCCGAAGUGGAGGAGGAGGAAGGGGAUGCUGAAGAGGAGGGACAAGUGGAGGAGGAGGAAUACACCAUUGAUUGGUCGGAAUUUGGAAGCAUCGGCAAGAAGAGGAAAGGGAAGGCGGGUGAGUCAUCUAAAGGGAAGAAGAAGGGGAAGGGCAACGGUCAGUCUCAGCUCAGUCUUAGUGGCGACGGGCGGCCACGUGGAAGGGAAAGGGGUGGCGGAGCAGGGAGGGGAGGCGCAGGGAGGGGAAGGGGAAGCGGGGAUGCGAGGCGAGGGGUAGGAGAAGGGGGGGCAGGGGGCGGAGCAGGAGGGCAGAGGUGGGGAGAAGGGGCAGGUGAAGAAGUGGGGACAGGCGGGAGGAGGGACAAGGGGUGCCUUUGGCGGCCUCCUUUUUUUCUGAAGCGUCCCAAGAGCCUUCCCUGGAGGCUGCACCUUCUUCUGCCCCGCACCCCUCGCUGCACCCACUUCCUCUCCCACACCCUCGUCCUCUCCUUCCUCCUAGGCACCACCCCCUUUGCCUCUACCUCCUCCACCCCAGGUGAGGGGGAGAGGAGAGGUCGCGACGAAGAAUGGGGCAUGGAUGCUGCUGGGAGGCCAAGUGUGUCGUGGUGCUUUUGA